AUGCGUGAAAUCAUCACCCUGCAGCUUGGGCAGCAGAGCAACUACCUAGAUACCCAGGAAUCCUACUUCACGUAUGGCCAAGAGGAGGAGUCGCCUGUGGACCAUGACGUCCAUUUCAGGCCUGGCCUUGGCGCCGACGGGACGGAGACGUACAUGCCAAGGACGGUGAUAUACGAUCUGAAAGGAGGGUUCGGGUCGAUGCGGAAGAUCAAUGCGCUCUAUGAGGCCGAAGAUGGAGAACCUACUGCGUUAUGGAACGGGCAAACGGUCGUGCAAAGGCAACAACCUAUUGGGCAAAGUGCCUAUCAAGAGAGUCUCGACGCUGGCACCGCGGCUCCCGAGCUGACGUCAAGUAGCGUCCGGUAUUGGUCCGACUUCAGUCGUGUCUACUACCAUCCCAGGUCCAUUGUCCAACUGAACGAGUAUGAGCUGAACUCAUCUCUGAUGCCGUUCGAAAAGUGGGCCAUGGGCGAGGAGCUUUUCUCCUCACUUGACAAGGACCAUGAUAUCGUGGACCGAGAUUUGCGGCCAUUCGCCGAAGAGGCGGAUCAUAUGCAGGGACUUCAGAUCAUGACCGGUAUCGACGACGCCUGGGGCGGUUUUGCCGCCAAGUAUUUGGAGCGACUCAGAGACGAGUAUGGGAAGAUCCCCAUCUGGGUCUGGGGACUCCAAGAACCGGUUAUGAACCUACCAAGGGAAAAACGUCUUCUCCGGCUUGUAAACAAAGCCAGAGCUCUUGCCGAUAUGUAUUCUCAGGCAUCGCUCAUUAUCCCACUAUCUAUCCCACAGAGGCUACCUUCGAAGAUCUCCCUAGAUCGGUCUUCUCUAUGGCAAGUGUCUGCUUUGUUCAAUGCAGCCAUUGAGAGCACGUCGUUAUAUACCCGCAUUAGGACGUCAGACCAAGUGAACUCUACCUCGUUUGGCACCGCCACCGACCUACUCAAUGUCUUCGGCAAGCAGACCAUCGCGAACCUCCAGUUCAGCUCCGUAGACCCCCCCAAACCUGCACACAAUGGCACCAAUGGAGGUAUGGAGUUUCCCACUGGGAGAGGGGAACUUUACGAUAGCCUCAACGCCAUGGAGUAUGAGGACCAAUCCGACGAGGGGCCCCAGAGUGGUGUUGCCUCCUUGGAUGUUAACCUGUCGUCGCUGGAUGGCGGUAUGCCUCCGCCGGUGGGCUUCAGGCCGCGGAGAAAACCAUACCUAUUCUCUCAGCUGACCACGGUGAGAGGGGACGAAGCCUCGAAAGCUAAUGACCUAGAUGAGGUAGACGAUGAAGAUCGUGGCCGUGAACGGCCAAAGACUCACCGGUUCAAAUCGAAUCUGUCUUUCCCAAUGCUAGAUAGUUAUCCACGCAUCUUCCGGGAUAGCGACGAAAAUCGUCUGACAGAACCGUUGUCGAUACGCACCGUGCUUUCGGCAGACUCGUCGGUGACGGACAACAUGAAGGGUCUGCGAGCGACAGUAGUACGAUCGAUCGGCCUUGAGGAUAGGGAGGACAUUGGCAACGAACUAGCCGAGAUUGCCGAAGGAUACAAUGAGGGUUGGUCCAGCGGCAGCGACGAUGACGAGGAUGAUUAA